AGUUUUUCAGUUGUUUAAGGAUUAGUACUAUUUUUGAUAAGAGUCAUCAGUUUAUGGGCUGUUCUUGAUUUUUCUCUCUCGAUUGUCUGCACAAUAUUAUUGACAUUUGAUAUACAAGUGUUGAUAACUUUUGGAUGAAAUUAUUAAUUGUCAUCAAUUAAUAACCCGUCGGUGAUGUCCAACAAUCGUACCGUUAGUCGCAAUGGUUGACGAUAUCCUCUUUGAUUUUCUUCAUAUGGAAAGCGUUGAUCUGUUGGCCAAAAACAGUGACAACGACUCUAAUGAGUUAUGUGUCUCACGUCUGGAGCACAUCGGCUAUAAUACUGGCUAUCGGUUUAUCGAAAGACUGACCAAAGAGUUGCAGCGAUUUAAGGAUGAGUUGGAUGUAAUGAAAUUUGUUUGCAAAGAGUUUUGGUCGACAAUCUUCAAGAAACAAAUCGAUAACUUGCGGACCAAUCAUAUGGGAACUUAUGUCUUACUCGACAAUCGGUUCCGAUUCAUAACACAUAUGUCUAACUCCAAGCAAUACGUGGACCAAAUGCCAAAAUAUUUAGCCUUUACUUGUGGUCUCAUAAGAGGAGCGUUAAGUAAUUUGGGAAUCAAUAGCAUUGUGACGGCAGAGAUUGUGAUGCCUCCCAGUUGUCGAUUUCAGAUACAGAUUCAAAGAUCACAAUAAUUACAUUUAACGUUACUUUAAGAAACUUUAAAUUAUAUUGAUAUAUCGUAUUGUAUUAGAUUUUUUAAUUUAUAAAUCAAUUUUAAUUAUUUAAUAAUUAUUGUGUGUUAGCUAGCGGUCAGUACGCGUGCGGUUCAAACAAGUGGUCAGUUAAGUGCAUUGUUUUUUUAAAUGUCAGAAUAAGGAAAGACAACUCUAAUUUUUAUUUACGAAAGUGUCUUAAAUAGUAACAUGAGAUAAGUGUUGUGACUAUGUUUGGAGUGACCAAUCAAUUGGUAAUAUAUCUGUAACUCUUUGAUAGCAAUUUUCAGUUAUUAUUAGUGUCUUGAUUUCCAACUAAAAA